UCAUCAUCAUCAUCAUCAUCCUCACACAUCUCUCUCUCUCAUCUCCAUUUCAUCUCCACACAUCAGGAACAUGUCCAACUUUGGAAUCACUCAGAGACCAUCCUCCAUCUCUCCAUCAACUCCCCAAAUGGAAACUCCCCACGCGCCUAAAGCGCGACCCCUGAACAACGUCAAGCUCGCGUUCCCGUUCGGCCUCCCGGCCACCCCGGAAGCCGCCGCCGCCCGGAUCAUCAAGAACCUCUCCCACUUCAGCCUGUUCUACGCCCUUUUUCUGUGGGUCGGCUUGUCCAUAAGCCUCGUGCCGCAGCGCAGGUACUCGCUGCUGCUGCUGAUGGCCACGACCAUCAUCGCUAACCAGUACCUUAUCAUGCUGCGGCUGAUGCCGAGCUCCAUUUGCAUGAACAAAGCUCUCGACAAGACGCUCGUCCUGGUGCCCGUGGCGAUUGUCACGGCCGUGGGGCUCAUCCUGACGCAGGCCGCGAUCCACCUUUUCGCGACUCUGGGGAUCGGACUACCGGUCAUUUUGGUUCACGCGGUGCUUUGGAGGGAGGGCGGGUUCGUAAACGAGGAAGCUUCUGCUCCUGGUGAAUUGGCUCCUCUAGUAGACGCUGUUCAAUCGGUUUAAUCGACGACGCGACGAUUCCAGAGCCGUUCGGGAGAUCGAUUAAGAAGAAAUCGAGAACCCCCCAACAAGCAACACGAUUAGCUAGCAUAAUCUAAGCAACUUUCUUUUACA